AUGUAUGAACAAAGAAAAUCUUUUUAUACUGUUGACCAAUAUUAUUCCACACUGCCUUCUGAAGAAGUUCCAAAACUCGGCUCCAAAGGAGAGAUGCUUCGCUCCCAACGGAUAGUCAGACAACUCCCCAAGCAAGAUCUGUCACUAAGCGCCUGCAAAUUCGUCGAACCCGAAUACGCUAGUAGUUAUCAGGACUUCAUAUCGGGCCGCAACCAGGUGGCCCUGGACGUUGGCAUCGCCAAGGCCACACCUCCGAACAGCAUGUGCGCAGACUGCUCUAAGCCCAUCCACGGCACGCAGAUCAGCGUCGCCGCCCCCAGGUUGGGCGACGCCGUGUGGCAUCCGGCGUGUUUUAAGUGCAAAACCUGUGAUGAUCUUCUCGUGGACCUUGCCUACUGCGUCUACGAGGAUAGCAUUUAUUGCGAAAGGCACUACGCAGAAAAAAUGAAGCCAAGGUGCGCCGGUUGCGAUGAGUUCUGCACAGCACAGACUCCAGGAGAGGAGCAAACCCUGGGGAAGAUAUGCCUUUCUAUACAAAUAUCGACUAAAUCCCUGGAUGGUUCCCCAUCUAAAUCCGAAACUAGAAAUCUGACAUGCCCGUAUUGUUCUCGGGUUAGGCUCUGUGGGAUCGAAUACGCUAUCAGACCGCUUAAGCCCACCCCGAUGAUCACCUCAGACUAUAAUAUUCCUCUGAGACGUUUCGUAAUGGUAUCCGGUGCUUCCAAAUGUUUGCAGUGA